CUAGCGAAGGCAGUGCUCGGGUGCAUCUGUUGGUGUUGGCCACGCGGGCGGAGCCGUCACGUCCAGUCCUUGACCCAGUGCUCGCGGGCAUGAGGCGCUCCUGAGAUCCUCAUCGGGUUCGUCAUGGUAACAGCGAUGAGCGUCGAAAAAUCGAGCCAGGCGCCAGGCCCGGGUGCCUCCGGCGCCGAGCAUAGUCACCACCAGCACCACCAGCAUCACCAUCACCACCUCCACCACCAUCACAAUCUCCAUCAGCAACAGCAGCGUGACGAGAUGGCGACGACGGGACCGCCGUUGGCUUUCGUCACCCAGGUGCAUCCGGCCAAUCUAACUGCGCCGGCGGCCCAAGAUUCGCCCAAUUAUCUCACCUAUAAGAAGAUGGAGUUGAUAGUAGAAAAAAUGUUGGAUGAAAAAACUGGUGUACCCGUUAAAACUGUUAAAACUUUUAUGACGAAAAUUCCAUCUAUUUUCACAGGAACGGAUUUGAUUGCCUGGAUGAUGAAAAAUAUGGACGUUGACGAUCAAGAGGCUCUUCACGUCGCUCAUCUAAUGGCGGCACACGGUUAUUUCUUUCCUAUCGACGACCACAGUCUCACAGUAAGGAAUGACAAUACGUUUUAUCGCUUUCAAACGCCAUACUUUUGGCUGUCAAAUUGCUGGGAGCCCGAGAAUACCGAUUACGCUGUUUACCUCUGCAAGCGGACGAUGCAGCACAAGACGCGACUCGAGCUCGCCGACUACGAGUCUGAUUACUUGGCGCGGCUACAGAAGCUCUUCUCCCGCAAAUGGGAGUUCAUAUUCAUGCAGGCCGAGGCCCAGAACAAGGUUGACAAGAAACGCGACAAGCUCGAGCGCAAGGUUCUGGACAGCCAGGAGAGAGCCUUCUGGGACGUGCAUCGGCCAAUGCCGGGCUGCGUGAACACGACCGAGCUGGACAUAAAGAAGGUCUGCCGCAAUCAGAGUAGGCCGACGACAUCGGGGGGCAGACCCGAGACUUCGACGCCUGCCUUCGGGGGCGCCCAGCCCUCGGCCAUCCGGCGCCUCAACUCCCAGCGCAGCGCCGACGAUCUCAAGAAGGAUAUCGAACUGCUGAGGCAGCGACUCGACCGACGCAUCACCAAAGUCUCCAAAGUCGCGGACGCAUUGAUGGGCUAUUUUGAACAGUACGCGGAAUACGAUCCAUUCUUCACGUUACCGGAGUAUCCAAAUCCCUGGGUAUCCGAUAGUCUGGAGAUGUGGGAGCAAGACAAGUUACCGAAAGAAGUGUCGGUGAGACGUGUGAAAAGAUGGGCAUUCAGUCUUCAAGAGCUUUUGCAAGAUCCCGUGGGUAGGGAUCAGUUCAUUCGUUUUCUCGACAAAGAGUUUAGCGGGGAGAAUCUCAAGUUUUGGGAGGCAGUGCGCGAUCUGAAAACUCUGCCACAAAAGAACGUCCGUGAGAAGGUGAUGGAAGUAUGGAACGAAUUCCUAGGGCCGGACGCCAGCUGCCCGAUCAACGUCGACUCGCGGUCCUACGAAAUGACGAAAAAGAAUCUGGAAAAGCCCGAUCAAUGGUCUUUCGACGUAGCCGCGGCACACGUAUAUCACCUAAUGAAGAGCGACUCGUACUCAAGAUACCUGCGAUCCGAAAUGUACAAAGACUUUCUCAACGGUACGAAAAAGAAGACGUCUGUGAAAGGGAUCCGAUCGAUAGUAUCAUUUACCGUUCGCAAAGACACGCAAGCUAUUUAAGAAGCUAAAGGCACAUAAUUGAGAGAAACAAUAGGUGCUGGCGUGUUUUUAAUGUAAAAUAAAGAGAAU